GUUGAUGUCACUGAAGCCAUAGAAGUUGAGUUAUAAGUUGCAGUUCUGGUUGUCGAGGUAGGAAGUACAAUUGCGGUUGUACUUGUAGGUGCUGCAGUUGGAGUCGUUGUUGUAGAAUGAGAACUACCAGUUGUGGUGGUGCUUGUAGGGCCUGCAGUAUUAAUUGUUGUAAUAGAAGCAACAUUGAUGGAGGUGGUUUUAAGAGGUUGAGUUGCGAUUGUUGGAGAUGUAUUUGUAGUUGUCAUUAUUGCAGUUGAUGUUUUGGUUGUCGUAGAAGAAGCUAAAGUUGUGGUGGUUAUAGGAGCUGCCAUUAUAGUUACGGUAGUAGGAGUUUCUAUUGUGCUGGUGGUAGUAGGGAUAGUGGAAGUUCUUGUAAAAGCUGUAGUUGUGGUUGUAGUAAGAAUGGCAGUUGUCGUAGUUGGUGCUGCAUUUGUAUUGGUCAUAAGAGAUUCAGUUGUCAUUGUAGGUGCUGCUGUUGUAGUGGGCAUUGAAGCUACAGUUGUAUGUACUGCAGGUGUAGUGGAUAUAGGAGCUACAUUUAUUGACGUAGGAGCUUCAUUUGUUGUAAAAGCUACUGUUGUCGUUGUAGGUGCUGCUGUUGUGGUUGAUGUAGGAGAUGCGGCAGAUGUAGUGGUUGUUGAACCCACAGUUGUUGUAGUUAGAACAGCACUGGUUGUUGUAGGGGCUGUUGUUGUGGUUGUCAUGGGAGCAACAUUUAUUGUAGUAAGAGCUUUAAUUGUGGGAUUUGUAAUAAUUACUGCUGUUGUAGUGUUUGGAAGAGAUACAGUUAUUGUGGUAGCAGCUGCAGGUGUUGUCGUAGGAGGUAGAGUUGUCGUAGUACGUUCUGCAAUCACAGAGGCCGUAGGAGCUACAGUUGAUGUUGUAGGAGCUAUAUUUAUUGUAGUAGGACCUGUGCUUGCAGUUGUUGUAGUAGCAUCAGUUGUAUUGGUUGUAGGACCUACAGUAGUUGUCGUAAGAGCUGCAGUUGACGUAGGACCUGCAGUUGUCGUAGAAGCGGCAUUUGCUGUAGGAACUGCAGGUGCUGUACGAGCUGAUGUAAUUGUGGUUGUUGUUAUAGCUUCAGAUGUAGAUGUUAAAAUAGGUUCUACAGUUGUGGUGGUCAAAGGACCAACAGCUGUUGUCGUAUGAGUUACAGUUGUUUUCGUAAGAGCUGCAGUGGUUGUCAAAGGAGCUGCAGUGGUUGUCAAAGGGGCAGCUGCUGUGGUUGACAGAGAAGCUACAGUUGUAGCAUGAGCUCCAGUUGUGAUUGUUGUAGUAAGUACAGCAGUUGAAGUGGUAGUAGGAGCUACAGUUGUAGAAACUGCAGGUUUUGUAGUAGGUGCUGUUGUUGUGGUUGUCAUAGGAGCUGAUGUUGUAGAUGUUGUAGAAGGUGCUGCAGUCGUUGAGGUCGAAAGAACAGCAGAUGUUGUAGUAGGAGCUGCAGUGGAUGUCGUGGUAGGUUCUGCAGUCGUAGCAGUAGUAGAAGUAGGUUCUGUUAUAAUAGGUUCUGGAGUUGAAGGGGUUGUAGGAGCAGCAGUUGCAGGAACUGCAGGUGAUGUAGUAGGUGCUGUUGACGUGGUUGUCAUAGGAGCUAAAGUUGUAGUUGUUGAAGAUGGUGCUACAGUCGUGUUGGUCGUAAGAGUAGCAGCUGGUGUAGUAGGAGCUGCACCGGUUGUUAUAACAGGUUCAGAAGUUGUAGUGGUCGUUGGAGCAGCAGAUGAUUUAGUUAGAGCUGUAGUGGAUAUCCUAGAGGCAGCUGCUAUGGUUGACAGAGAAGCUACAAUUGUUGUAGCAGGAGAUGUAGUUGUGGUUGUUGUAGUAAGUACAGAAGGUGUAAAGGUCGUGGGAGCAGCAGUUGCAGGAACUGCAGGUGAUGUAGUAGGUGCUGUUGUUGUGGUUGUCGUAGGAGCUGAAGAUGUAGUUGUUGUAGAAGGUGCUGCAGAUGUUGCUUUAUUAGGAACAGCAUAUGUUGUAGGAGCUGCAGUUGCUGUUGUGUUAGGUUCUGCAGUCAUAGCAGUCGUAGGAGUAGGUUCUGUCAGAGAAUGUUCUGGAGAUGAAGUGGUCAUUGGAGCAGCCGUUGUUUUAGUUAGAGCUGCAGUGGUUAUCAUAGAGGCAGAUGCUGUGGUUAACGUAGAAGCUACAGUUGUUGUAACAGGAGCUGCAGUUGUGACUGUUGUAGUAAGUACAGCAGGUGUAGUGGUAGCUGGAGCUACAAUUGUAGGAACUGCAGGUAUUGCAGUAGGUGCUGUUGAAGUGGUUGUCGUAGGAGCUAAAGUUGUAGUUGUUGAAGAUGGUGCUGCAGUCGUGGUGGUCGUAAGAAUAUCAGUUGGUGUUGUCGGAGAUGCAGCAGUUGUCAUAAUAGAUUCAGGAGUUGUAGUGGUCGUUGGAGCAGCAGUUGUUUUAGUUAGAGCUGCAGUGGCUGUCAUGGUAGGUUCUGCAAUCGUAGCAUUAGUAGGAGUAGGUUCUGUCAGAGCAGGUUCUGGAGAUGUAGUGGUCGUUGGAGCAGCCGUUGUUUUAGUUAGAGUUGCAGUGGUUAUCGUAGAGGCAGAUGCUGUGGUUGACGUAGAAGCUACAGUUGUUGUAACAGCAGCUGCAGUUGUGACUGUUGUAGUAAGUACAGCAGGUGUAGUGGUAGCUGGAGCUACAAUUGUAGGAACUGCAGGUAUUGUAGUAGGUGCUUUCGUCGUGGUUGACGAGGGAGCUAAAGUUGUAGUUGUUGAAGAUGGUGCUACAGUCUUGGUGGUCGUAAGAAUAGCAGUUGGUGUAGUCAGAGCUGCAGCAGUUGUCAUAAUAGGUUCAGGAGUUGUAGUGGUCGUUGGAGCAGCAGUUGUUUUAGUUAGAGCUGAAGUGGCUGUCAUGGUAGGUUCUGCAAUCGUAGCAUUAGUAGGAGUAGGUUCUGUCAGAGCAGGUUCUGGAGAUGUAGUGUUCGUUGGAGCAGCCGUUGUUUUAGUUAGAGCUGCAGUGGUAAUCGUAGAGGCAGAUGCUGUGUUUGACGUAGAAGCUACAGUUGUUGUAACAGGAGCUGCAUUUGUGACUGUUGUAGUAAGUACAGCAGGUGUAGUGGUAGUUGGAGCUACAAUUGUAGGAACUGCAGGUAUUGUAGUAGGUGCAGUUGUUGUGGUUGACGAGGGAGCUAAAGUUGUAGUUGUUGAAGAUGGUGCUACAGUCUUGUUGGUCGUAAGAAUAGCAGUUGGUGUAGUCAGAGCUGCAGCAGUUGUCAUAAUAGAUUCAGGAGUUGUAGUGGUCGUUGGAGCAGCAGUUGUUUUAGUUAGAGCUGCAGUGGCUGUCAUGGUAGGUUCUCCAAUCGUAGCAUUAGUAGGAGUAGGUUCUGUCAGAGCAGGUUCUGGAGAUGUAGUGGUCGUUGGAGCAGCCGUUGUUUUAGUUAGAGCUGCAGUGGUAAUCCUAGAGGCAGAUGCUGUGUUUGACGUAGAAGCUACAGUUGUUGUAACAGGAGCUGCAGUUGUGACUGUUGUAGUAAGUACAGCAGGUGUAGUGGUAGUUGGAGCUACAAUUGUAGGAACUGCAGGUAUUGUAGUAGGUGCAGUUGUUGUGGUUGACGAGGGAGCUAAAGUUGUAGUUGUUGAAGAUGGUGCUACAGUCUUGUUGGUCGUAAGAAUAGCAGUUGGUGUAGUCAGAGCUGCAGCAGUUGUCAUAAUAGGUUCAGGAGUUGUAGUGGUAAUUGGAGCAGCAGUUGUUUUAGUUAGAGCUGCACUGGGUGUCAUGGUAGGUCCUGCAGUCGUAGCAUUAGUAGGAGUAGGUUCUGUCAGAGCAGGUUCUGGAGAUGUAGUGGUCGUUGGAGCAGCCGUUGUUUUAGUUAGAGCUGCAGUGGUAAUCGUAGAGGCAGAUGCUGUGUUUGACGUAGAAGCUACAGUUGUUGUAACAGGAGCUGCAGUUGUGACUGUUGUAGUAAGUACAGCAGGUGUAGUGGUAGUUGGAGCUACAAUUGUAGGAACUGCAGGUAUUGUAGUAGGUGCAGUUGUUGUGGUUGACGAGGGAGCUAAAGUUGUAGUUGUUGAAGAUGGUGCUACAGUCUUGUUGGUCGUAAGAAUAGCAGUUGGUGUAGUCAGAGCUGCAGCAGUUGUCAUAAUAGGUUCAGGAGUUGUAGUGGUAAUUGGAGCAGCAGUUGUUUUAGUUAGAGCUGCACUGGGUGUCAUGGUAGGUCCUGCAGUCGUAGCAUUAGUAGGAGUAGGUUCUGUCAGAGCAGGUUCUGGAGAUGUAGUGGUCGUUGGAGAAUCCGUUGUUUUAGUUAGAGCUGCAGUGGUAAUCGUAGAGGCAGAUGCUGUGGUUGACGUAGAAGCUACAGUUGUUGUAACAGGAGCUGCAGUUGUGACUGUUGUAGUAAGUACAGCAGGUGUAGUGGUAGCUGGAGCUACAAUUGUAGGAACUGCAGGUGUUGUAGUAGGUGCUGUUGAAGUGGUUGUCGUAGGAGCUAAAGUUGUAGUUGUUGAAGAUGGUGCUGCAGUCGUGGUGGUCGUAAGAAUAUCAGUUGGUGUUGUCGGAGCUGCAGCAGUUGUCAUAAUAGGUUCAGGAGUUGUAGUGGUAAUUGGAGCAGCAGUUGUUUUAGUUAGAGCUGCACUGGGUGUCAUGGUAGGUCCUGCAGUCGUAGCAUUAGUAGGAGUAGGUUCUGUCAGAGCAGGUUCUGGAGAUGUAGUGGUCGUUGGAGCAGCCGUUGUUUUAGUUAGAGCUGCAGUGGUAAUCGUAGAGGCAGAUGCUGUGGUUGACGUAGAAGCUACAGUUGUUGUAACAGGAGCUGCAGUUGUGACUGUUGUAGUAAGUACAGCAGGUGUAGUGGUAGCUGGAGCUACAAUUGUAGGAACUGCAGGUGUUGUAGUAGGUGCUGUUGAAGUGGUUGUCGUAGGAGCUAAAGUUGUAGUUGUUGAAGAUGGUGCUGCAGUCGUGGUGGUCGUAAGAAUAUCAGUUGGUGUUGUCGGAGCUGCAGCAGUUGUCAUAAUAGAUUCAGGAGUUGUAGUGGUCGUUGGAGCAGCAGUUGUUUUAGUUAGAGCUGCAGUGGCUGUCAUGGUAGGUUCUGCAAUCGUAGCAUUAGUAGGAGUCGGUUCUGUCAGAGCAGGUUCUGGAGAUGUAGUGGUCGUUGGAGCAGCCGUUGUUUUAGUUAGAGCUGCAGUGGUAAUCGUAGAGCUAGAUGCUGUGUUUGACGUAGAAGCUACAGUUGUUGUAACAGGAGCUGCAGUUGUGACUGUUGUAGUAAGUACAGCAGGUGUAGUGGUAGCUGGAGCUACAAUUGUAGGAACUGCAGGUGUUGUAGUAGGUGCUGUUGAAGUGGUUGUCGUAGGAGCUAAAGUUGUAGUUGUUGAAGAUGGUGCUGCAGUCGUGGUGGUCGUAAGAAUAUCAGUUGGUGUUGUCGGAGCUGCAGCAGUUGUCAUAAUAGAUUCAGGAGUUGUAGUGGUCGUUGGAGCAGCAGUUGUUUUAGUUAGAGCUGCAGUGGCUGUCAUGGUAGGUUCUCCAAUCGUAGCAUUAGUAGGAGUAGGUUCUGUCAGAGCAGGUUCUGGAGAUGUAGUGGUCGUUGGAGCAGCCGUUGUUUUAGUUAGAGCUGCAGUGGUAAUCGUAGAGGCAGAUGCUGUGUUUGACGUAGAAGCUACAGUUGUUGUAACAGGAGCUGCAGUUGUGACUGUUGUAGUAAGUACAGCAGGUGUAGUGGUAGUUGGAGCUACAAUUGUAGGAACUGCAGGUAUUGUAGUAGGUGCAGUUGUUGUGGUUGACGAGGGAGCUAAAGUUGUAGUUGUUGAAGAUGGUGCUACAGUCUUGUUGGUCGUAAGAAUAGCAGUUGGUGUAGUCAGAGCUGCAGCAGUUGUCAUAAUAGGUUCAGGAGUUGUAGUGGUAAUUGGAGCAGCAGUUGUUUUAGUUAGAGCUGCACUGGGUGUCAUGGUAGGUCCUGCAGUCGUAGCAUUAGUAGGAGUAGGUUCUGUCAGAGCAGGUUCUGGAGAUGUAGUGGUUGUUGGAGAAUCCGUUGUUUUAGUUAGAGCUGCAGUGGUAAUCGUAGAGGCAGAUGCUGUGGUUGACGUAGAAGCUACAGUUGUUGUAACAGGAGCUGCAGUUGUGACUGUUGUAGUAAGUACAGCAGGUGUAGUGGUAGCUGGAGCUACAAUUGUAGGAACUGCAGGUGUUGUAGUAGGUGCUGUUGAAGUGGUUGUCGUAGGAGCUAAAGUUGUAGUUGUUGAAGAUGGUGCUGCAGUCGUGGUGGUCGUAAGAAUAUCAGUUGGUGUUGUCGGAGCUGCAGCAGUUGUCAUAAUAGGUUCAGGAGUUGUAGUGGUAAUUGGAGCAGCAGUUGUUUUAGUUAGAGCUGCACUGGGUGUCAUGGUAGGUCCUGCAGUCGUAGCAUUAGUAGGAGUAGGUUCUGUCAGAGCAGGUUCUGGAGAUGUAGUGGUCGUUGGAGCAGCCGUUGUUUUAGUUAGAGCUGCAGUGGUAAUCGUAGAGGCAGAUGCUGUGGUUGACGUAGAAGCUACAGUUGUUGUAACAGGAGCUGCAGUUGUGACUGUUGUAGUAAGUACAGCAGGUGUAGUGGUAGCUGGAGCUACAAUUGUAGGAACUGCAGGUGUUGUAGUAGGUGCUGUUGAAGUGGUUGUCGUAGGAGCUAAAGUUGUAGUUGUUGAAGAUGGUGCUGCAGUCGUGGUGGUCGUAAGAAUAUCAGUUGGUGUUGUCGGAGCUGCAGCAGUUGUCAUAAUAGAUUCAGGAGUUGUAGUGGUCGUUGGAGCAGCAGUUGUUUUAGUUAGAGCUGCAGUGGCUGUCAUGGUAGGUUCUGCAAUCGUAGCAUUAGUAGGAGUCGGUUCUGUCAGAGCAGGUUCUGGAGAUGUAGUGGUCGUUGGAGCAGCCGUUGUUUUAGUUAGAGCUGCAGUGGUAAUCGUAGAGCUAGAUGCUGUGUUUGACGUAGAAGCUACAGUUGUUGUAACAGGAGCUGCAGUUGUGACUGUUGUAGUAAGUACAGCAGGUGUAGUGGUAGCUGGAGCUACAAUUGUAGGAACUGCAGGUGUUGUAGUAGGUGCUGUUGAAGUGGUUGUCGUAGGAGCUAAAGUUGUAGUUGUUGAAGAUGGUGCUGCAGUCGUGGUGGUCGUAAGAAUAUCAGUUGGUGUUGUCGGAGCUGCAGCAGUUGUCAUAAUAGAUUCAGGAGUUGUAGUGGUCGUUGGAGCAGCAGUUGUUUUAGUUAGAGCUGCAGUGGCUGUCAUUGUAGGUUCUCCAAUCGUAGCAUUAGUAGGAGUAGGUUCUGUCAGAGCAGGUUCUGGAGAUGUAGUGGUCGUUGGAGCAGCCGUUGUUUUAGUUAGAGCUGCAGUGGUAAUCGUAGAGGCAGAUGCUGUGUUUGACGUAGAAGCUACAGUUGUUGUAACAGGAGCUGCAGUUGUGACUGUUGUAGUAAGUACAUCAGGUGUAGUGGUAGUUGGAGCUACAAUUGUAUGAACUGCAGGUAUUGUAGUAGGUGCAGUUGUUGUGGUUGACGAGGGAGCUAAAGUUGUAGUUGUUGAAGAUGGUGCUGCAGUCGUGGUGGUCGUAAGAAUAUCAGUUGGUGUUGUCGGAGCUGCAGCAGUUGUCAUAAUAGGUUCAGGAGUUGUAGUGGUAAUUGGAGCAGCAGUUGUUUUAGUUAGAGCUGCACUGGGUGUCAUGGUAGGUCCUGCAGUCGUAGCAUUAGUAGGAGUAGGUUCUGUCAGAGCAGGUUCUGGAGAUGUAGUGGUCGUUGGAGCAGCCGUUGUUUUAGUUAGAGCUGCAGUGGUAAUCAUAGAGGCAGAUGCUGUGGUUGACGUAGAAGCUACAGUUGUUGUAACAGGAGCUGCAGUUGUGACUGUUGUAGUAAGUACAGCAGGUGUAGUGGUAGCUGGAGCUACAAUUGUAGGAACUGCAGGUGUUGUAGUAGGUGCUGUUGAAGUGGUUGUCGUAGGAGCUAAAGUUGUAGUUGUUGAAGAUGGUGCUGCAGUCGUGGUGGUCGUAAGAAUAUCAGUUGGUGUUGUCGGAGCUGCAGCAGUUGUCAUAAUAGAUUCAGGAGUUGUAGUGGUCGUUGGAGCAGCAGUUGUUUUAGUUAGAGCUGCAGUGGCUGUCAUGGUAGGUUCUGCAAUCGUAGCAUUAGUAGGAGUAGGUUCUGUCAGAGCAGGUUCUGGAGAUGUAGUGGUCGUUGGAGCAGCCGUUGUUUUAGUUAGAGCUGCAGUGGUAAUCGUAGAGGCAGAUGCUGUGGUUGACGUAGAAGCUACAGUUGUUGUAACAGGAGCUGCAGUUGUGACUGUUGUAGUAAGUACAGCAGGUGUAGUGGUAGCUGGAGCUACAAUUGUAGGAACUGCAGGUGUUGUAGUAGGUGCUGUUGAAGUGGUUGUCGUAGGAGCUAAAGUUGUAGUUGUUGAAGAUGGUGCUGCAGUCGUGGUGGUCGUAAGAAUAUCAGUUGGUGUUGUCGGAGCUGCAGCAGUUGUCAUAAUAGAUUCAGGAGUUGUAGUGGUCGUUGGAGCAGCAGUUGUUUUAGUUAGAGCUGCAGUGGCUGUCAUGGUAGGUUCUGCAAUCGUAGCAUUAGUAGGAGUCGGUUCUGUCAGAGCAGGUUCUGGAGAUGUAGUGGUCGUUGGAGCAGCCGUUGUUUUAGUUAGAGCUGCAGUGGUAAUCGUAGAGGCAGAUGCUGUGGUUGACGUAGAAGCUACAGUUGUUGUAACAGGAGCUGCAGUUGUGACUGUUGUAGUAAGUACAGCAGGUGUAGUGGUAGCUGGAGCUACAAUUGUAGGAACUGCAGGUGUUGUAGUAGGUGCUGUUGAAGUGGUUGUCGUAGGAGCUAAAGUUGUAGUUGUUGAAGAUGGUGCUGCAGUCGUGGUGGUCGUAAGAAUAUCAGUUGGUGUUGUCGGAGCUGCAGCAGUUGUCAUAAUAGGUUCAGGAGUUGUAGUGGUAAUUGGAGCAGCAGUUGUUUUAGUUAGAGCUGCACUGGGUGUCAUGGUAGGUCCUGCAGUCGUAGCAUUAGUAGGAGUAGGUUCUGUCAGAGCAGGUUCUGGAGAUGUAGUGGUCGUUGGAGCAGCCGUUGUUUUAGUUAGAGCUGCAGUGGUAAUCGUAGAGGCAGAUGCUGUGGUUGACGUAGAAGCUACAGUUGUUGUAACAGGAGCUGCAGUUGUGACUGUUGUAGUAAGUACAGCAGGUGUAGUGGUAGCUGGAGCUACAAUUGUAGGAACUGCAGGUGUUGUAGUAGGUGCUGUUGAAGUGGUUGUCGUAGGAGCUAAAGUUGUA